UUCCAGGUUCCAGGUCCGACGAUUACUCGAUGAAUCCACAGAUUGUUCGUUGCAGCUCUAUUGAAAACAAAACAACUGGCACAUUUUUAAAUAUGGAUUCAAUCAAAGCUGCAGCUUUCAGAUGAUGAAUCUUUAACGAUUGAAAAGGAGGAUAAAAGCGGCUCCAUGAUUGGCUCUCCUCCUCCUGCUCCUCCUGCUCCUCCUGCUGUCAUUGGUUCAUCGUCGUGUCCAGUGUGAGUCUGACUUCAGCUGCAGGUGCAGCUCAGUCACAGAAACAGAAGCAUCACUGAUGUUUCACUGCUGCAAACCGCUGUGAAACCAAACCACAGAGGCGUCGACUGGAGAAGAAGAGGAGGACGAGGAAGAAGAAGAAGGAGAAGAAGAAGAAGAAGAAGAAGAAGAAGAGCAGCGGAAUUCUUCUGCGGCUUUUGUGAGAUGAUUUGCAUUUACCAUGGCCAGAAGUCUGUUUCCAUGGAGCUUCUUCUCCCGAAAGCCUCCUUACAUACAGUGUGUUUUCCAGCAGACGAGGUUCUCCUACUUACACAUGAAGUACCUGUUCUUCUCCUGGCUGACGGUGUUUGUGGGCAGCUGGAUUGUGUAUGUGAAGUACUCGUCCUACACAGAGCUGUGCCGCGGCCACGACUGCAGAGACUCUAUAUGUGACAAAUACAAAAAAGGAGUGAUCGAUGGCUCGGCCUGCAGCAGCCUUUGUGACAAAGACACUCUCUAUCUGGGCAAGUGCUUCACCGCCAAAGCCAGCAGCCAGGUUUACUCCGGGAGCUGGGGAGACCUGGAGGGCGUCAUUAAAUGCCAGAUGGAGGAGGCUCCUCGUUAUGAUUUGGGGAACGAGAUGGAGCCCAGGAAGGAAGCUGUCGCAUUCAACAAGCCUAACAAGGGCACAUCAGUGGAGAGGUUCAGGGAGAUGAUCCUCAGCCACCUGAAGGUUAAAGUGGGGGAUCAGGCCAACCUCGCAAACCUGGCAACCCAGGUGCUGUCCGUGGGAGACGCCAAUAAGGACGGUCACGUCUCGCUGCCCGAGGCCCGGUCCACAUGGGCUCUGCUGCAGCUCAACGAGAUCCUGUUAGCGUUAGUCCUGCGAGACAGAGAACACAUGCCCAAGUUACUGGGCUUCUGUGGAGACCUGUAUAUGAUGGAGAAGGUGCCGUAUGCUCCACUCUAUGGGAUCAGUCUCCCCUGGAUCAUGGAGGUGUGGAUCCCUGCAGGUCUUCGCCGCAGGAUGGACCAAUGGUUCACACCCUCGUGGCCGCACAAGGCCAAGAUCUCCAUUGGACUCCUGGAGCUGGUGGAGGACCUUUUCCAUGGCACGUUUGGCAGCUUCCUCAUGUGCGAUGUCAGCGCCACCGCCUUUGGUUACAACGACCGCCAUGACCUGAAGGUGAUGGACGCACAGCACAUCGUACCCGAGGCCCUCUUUCAAGAGGGCAUCAGGCAACAGCACUGCGAGGUGGACGAGGACUGUCUGUAUGGGGCAGACUGCCUUACUUCCUGUGACCUCACCAAGAACCGCUGCACUCCAGAGGUCACCAGACCAAACUUAGCCAGAGCAUGCAAAGCACUGAAGGAUUAUAUACUGAAGGGGGCGCCGUCUGAUGUGCACGAGGAGCUGGAGAAGCAGCUGUAUGCCUGCAUCGCACUGAGAGGCUCCGCGGAACAGAUGGAAAUGGAACACUCGCUGAUUCUGAAUAACCUGAAGACUUUGCUGUGGAAGAAAAUCUCUCAUACAAAAGACUCCUAACUGUGAACGGACACUAAUGAAGUGUUCAUUGGCUUUGUAUCACUAACUGUUUAUUCAAAGUCUGGUCAGGAAAAGCAUACAUGAGAUCAAAUUCAACCUACAUUUGGAAGUGAUUUGAAAUGUGAAUUGUACCAAGUAUGACAGAAGUAGCAGCUAUUUGAAUGGACGUCUAUGGGGAAAAUAAGCUUUAGUGUUAUUCUGUUAUCCUGCUCACGUCUUCAUUUUUCAGUUUUUGAACGCGGACAAUGAGGAAAAAGGCGGUCCGAGCCAAGAGAGGCAGCAUCGAGGUUAGAGACAGAACAAGGUUUCAACUGUUCAUACAGGAUGCAAUAUUUAUGUAUUGUUCUUUUUUUGUUAUUGAUCUGCACAUUGUGAUUGGGCAGUACACCGGAUGCCCUCCCCGUCACAACGCUCCCAUUUAUCCAGGCUUGGGACCGGCACUAAAGCCCCAUCCACACGGAAACGUCAACAAUCUCUUUCUUUGUCGUUUUGAGAAAAAGUUUCCUAUGAAUACGACACUGCUUUCAGGAAAUGUCUCUAUCCACAUGGAAUAGAACAUAAUACCAAGCCUGUGAUGAAGACGACGUUCCACCCGUGACUGUCUCUAUAAUCACAGAGACAGAAUGAAAGAACACGAAAUAAAGACGUUAUCAACAGUGAUAUUUAUUUAAUGACCUUUAUUUACCUCUAUUUAAUGACCUUAUAAUCUAUAAGCUCAUUUAUUUAACGAUCUUAUAGACGCCCAGCAGCUUUUUUUCUCUCAGCGAGCAACAAAUCUGGAGUCACGACUUUCUGACAUAAUCCAAACCACUUUCAAUCACCAGUUCUGCCGCACGAGUACGCUUCAUCUAGGCUAUAUUCACUGAGGGCGGAGUCUCUGAGAGAAACUGUGGAUCUGUACUGUUCAAAUUAAAGUUGUGUUUGUGAAAAUAGA